AUGACCACAGACCUCACAUUCUCCCCAUUGCGUCUAGAGAGUGACAUUGUUGCCCAUGCCUUGGCCCGUCUUAGAAACCUCCCCCUCUCGUGGACUUCGAUAAAAUCAAGUGCAAUCGACAGCAACCAGCUAUCUCUUUUGAGAGAACUCUCCCAGUUCCCCUAUGCAGAGGACCCCGUUCAGAGAGGCGCCUACAUCAACGAAAGACAGGACCAGUUUGCUGCCACCUGUCUUCACGUCCUAACAGCUCUAACCAACCAGGGAGAAACCGAAACUCAGCUAUUCAAUAAAUCAGACUUGGUCAACUUCCUGCUUUCUAUAAUUUACGAUGGCGCCUCCUAUAAUAACCAAUUUAUACUUAAACUCUACACCUCCCACAAAGACUACACUCCCUUUGUCUCUUUGCUUAACUUGGAACUUGACGAUAUCUCCAAAAUACUAUCCCUAUAUACAAUUGUGUCCUUCUUGACUCUUGUUGGUGAAACCAAGGGGAAUGUCAAGAUCGUCAAGUCGGUCUAUUUGGAAUUGACCAAAUACUUGAAGGCGUCCACCCAAUUGCAAUAUAUUGGCCUGCAGCUCUUGAAGGAACUAUUGAAUGUCAAAUCCUGUAGGGGAUACUUCAAUGCAUCAUCUGAAUUGCUCGACAUUCUGGAAGAUAAGUCAAUUGAAUUGCAGAUGAAAUAUUUGACAAUUUAUGCCUUGUGGGUCAUUUCUUUCGACUCCGCUAAAAUCAACUUGAUUAUCAAAGAACACCCCAACUUGAUCCCCGUGUUGUUCAAUCUAGCCAAUGAUGCAAUUAAAGAAAAAGUCACUAGAUUGUCGAUCUCGAUACUUGUCAAUAUAAUCACUCUCAACCCUUCUUUGGCAACUUUGAAGAAAUACCAUUUAGCAAAUGGAUUGACAAUUACUAAAAACUUGAUUGACAGAAAAUGGUCUGAUGAAGAUCUCAAAAAUGACUUGAACCUUUUAUUGCAUCAACUAAACGAUUCGUUGAAAGAUUUGACAACAUUCGAUGAAUAUGAAAAUGAGUUGUUGACCCAUCACUUGCACUGGUCACCUUGUCAUGCAAAUCAGGAAUUUUGGGUAGAUAAUAUCGAGAAAUUCAAAGCAAACAAUUGGAGCUUAGUUAGGCAAUUAAUUGAGUUGUUGGAUUAUAAUGUUAAUGAUAACGAGCAACUCUUUGUGAACCAGGCAAUAGUUUGCUUUGAUUUGGGUAUGAUCAUCAAAUUGGACGACUCAAUUGUUAGGUUUAUCAACAACAACGGUUAUAAGGAGAAAAUUAUGCAGUUGAUGAAUUCUCCUAAUUCAAAUGUUAAAUUCGAAGCUUUAAGGACAACUCAAUUGUUAGUAUCAAAGACUUUGUAG